AUGGCUUCAUCAUCAUCAAUAAAUGGGAAUGUGGUGGCUUAUCACGAUUGGCCUGAAGUCACAAAGUAUGCUGGGAUAGUUUGUGCUCAAGCUCAUAGUCAGGAGCUCAUUCAAGAUUUAUUCAAACAAUGGCAGGAUCCUGUAAGAGGGACAGUGUUUGGUGGAAUGAUCAAAGAACUUUUCAUAUCCUUCCGUAGAGCAACUGGGCAUAAGCCACAGCGCAUUAUAUUUUACAGGGAUGGGGUUAGCGAAGGCCAGUUCUAUCAGGUGCUUCUGUAUGAACUUGAUGCUAUUCGGAAGGCAUGUGCCUCUUUGGAACCAAACUAUCAGCCCCCUGUUACUUUUGUUGUGGUUCAGAAGCGUCAUCACACAAGAUUGUUUGCCAAUAACCAUUCUGACCGCAAUGCGGUUGACAAGAGUGGGAAUAUUUUGCCUGGUACAGUAGUGGAUUCCAAAAUAUGUCAUCCAACUGAAUUUGACUUUUACCUAUGCAGCCAUGCUGGCAUUCAGGGCACAAGUCGGCCUGCUCACUAUCAUGUGCUAUGGGAUGAGAAUGAGUUCACAGCGGAUGCAUUGCAGUCCCUCACAAACAAUCUGUGCUACACGUAUGCAAGAUGCACUCGAUCUGUUUCAAUUGUGCCUCCUGCAUACUAUGCCCAUCUAGCUGCAUUUCGAGCUCGUUUCUAUAUGGAACCGGAGACAUCGGACAGUGGUUCAAUGACAAGUGGCACUAUUGCUGCACGAGGUGCAGGUGCAGGUGCAGGUGCAGGUGCAAGAAGCAUGCGGGGACCCAGUUCCAGUGCUGCUGUGAGACCCCUACCCGCCCUCAAGGAGAACGUCAAGCGAGUCAUGUUCUACUGUUAAAGGAGUCAUGAAACCUGAACUCUUUAACUUAAACUAUUAUCGCAAUCGCUUUUGCUCUAAUUGGUUGGUUGUGAAAGAAUAUUUGUGUAUCUCAUAACAUUACAAUUGCUUCAAAAAAACUCCCUUGUGUGUGUAAGAUUGGGAUUUGUAUCCUGUCCUGAUCCCUUGUGAUCUUGAAACUCAUGGAACAGCGAACCUUUAAACCUUUAAUUGAAUUUGGAAGGUUUCAGAUGAA